AUGCUGUUCAGGAAACCCAAGUUGCCUCAGGCCAAUCCUGACGCCUACUACCAGGAUGACAAUGUGGCAUCCGACACACACUCCCAGACUGCCAUCGCGGGUGAUGACAGUCAGUUGGUUGAUACUCAUAUUCCACUCUUGACUUGGCGGUCGUUCAUCAUGGGCGUGUUUGUCUCCAUGGGUGGUUUUCUCUUCGGCUACGACACCGGUCAGAUCUCGGGUUUCCUUGCGAUGAAGAAUUUCCUGCGACGGUAUGGUGAAUUAGCCCCUGAUGGGUCGUUUUACUUCUCCAACGUCCGAUCCGGAUUGAUUGUCGCGCUGCUAUCAAUUGGAACGUUGAUCGGAGCUUUGAUCGCAGCACCUAUUGCGGAUCGCAUAGGCCGGAAAUGGUCGAUCACCGGCUGGUCGGCGAUGAUCUGCGUUGGAGUCACCAUUCAAAUCUCCUCUCCCACCGGCAAGUGGUACCAGGUAGCCCUCGGCCGUUGGGUUGCCGGAUUGGGUGUCGGUGCUCUCUCCCUUUUGGUCCCGAUGUACAUGGCAGAGUCCGGUCCUCGGCACAUUCGUGGUUCUCUAGUCAGUACCUACCAAUUGUUCAUCACACUCGGCAUCUUCGUGGCCAACUGCAUCAAUUUUGGUACUGAAGCACGAGCCGACACUGGCUCCUGGCGUAUCCCAAUGGGCGUCACAUACAUCUGGGCCCUCAUUCUUGGUAGCGGCAUGGCCCUGUUCCCGGAGAGCCCCCGAUAUGACUACCGACACGGAAAGAUCGAUAAGGCCAUUACCACGCUUUCGAAGAUGUACGGCGUCCCGAAGAACCAUCGCGCUCUGAAGAUCGAAUUCGAGGAGAUCAGGCAGAAAUAUGAGGAAGAAGUGGCUGGUGGGCAGGUCACUUGGGUUCAUCUCUUCCGGGCCCCGCGUAUGAGUUAUCGUGUCGCUGUGGGUGUCUCUCUGCAAGCCCUUCAGCAGCUCACUGGCGCCAAUUACUUCUUCUAUUAUGGAACGACCGUGUUCAAGGGCGCCGGUAUCUCCAACAGCUAUGUCACGCAGAUGAUUCUGGGCGGCGUGAAUUUCGGAAGCACCUUCCUAGGCCUGUACCUCAUCGAGAACUAUGGUCGUCGUCGGUCCCUCAUUGCCGGUGCCCUAUGGAUGUUCGUGUGCUUCAUGGUCUUCGCCUCCGUCGGCCACUUCAAGCUUGACAUUCAGUUCCCGGAACGAACUCACACCGCCGGUGUGGUUAUGGUGGUAUUCGCUUGUCUCUUCAUUCUUGGAUUCGCAUCUACCUGGGGUCCAAUGGUCUGGACCAUCAUCGCAGAACUGUACCCAUCCCAGUAUCGAGCUCGAGCAAUGUCUCUGGCGACCGCGUCCAACUGGAUGUGGAACUUCCUGCUCGCCUUCUUCACCCCCUUCAUCGUCGGUGCAAUUGAUUUCCUGUACGGUUAUGUCUUCGCAGGAUGUUUGUUCCUCGCCGCCGGGAUGGUGUACUUCACCGUUAUGGAGGGACAAGGAAGAACACUGGAGGAGAUCGACACGAUGUACGUGUGGAAAAUCAAGCCGUGGCACAGCUCCAAGUAUGUCUUUCCUGACCAGGUGGAUCCCCGCAAUGAAUCCGAGAAGCGCGCAGCGGGAACGAAUGAGCACAUGGAGACGGCGGAUGGUCAGCCAGAGAGUGCUCAGUCGGGGAGUGCUCAGCCGGAGCGCGCUCAGCCGGAGAGUGUGUAG